AUGGGGCUGGCGAGGUGUCUGGCAGCUGCCUUCCUUUAUUGUUUGCUGGUAGGUUUCGGCACUGGCCAGCGGGUGGUGACUGUUCAGAAGGGACCUCUCUACCGUGUGAGGGGGUCCCACGUCACGCUGUGGUGCAAGGUGAGCGGCUACCAGGGACCAGCUGAGCAGAACUUCCAGUGGUCCAUCUACCUGCCCUCCGCCCCGGAGCGGGAGGUGCAGAUCGUCAGCACCGUGGACCCCUCCUUCCCCUACGCCAUCUACACCCAGCGCGUGCGCAGCCGAGGGAUCUAUGUGGAGCGAGUGCAGGGGGACGCCGUCCUGCUGCACAUCACCGAGCUGCAGGAGCGGGAUGCGGGCGAGUACGAGUGCCACACGCCCAACACCGACGAGAGGUACUUCGGGAGUUACAGCGCCAAGACAACGCUUUCCGUGAUUGCAGACACCCUCUCAGCUUCCAUGGCACCCCAGGUCCUCACCCGCACUGAAGGGGACAUGGUGGAGCUCACCUGUGAGGUGUCCAAGUCCACUGCCCAGCACACACACCUCUCUGUUGGCUGGUACCAUCUUCAGGGAGUAGGAGAGCACCAUGCUGAGGAGGUCCUCACCCUCUCCAAGGACUUUGUUUUGAGCCCAGGGCCAUCUUACCUGCAGAGGUUUCUGGCCGGAGACGUGCGGCUGAACAAGGUUGGGAAAGCCACAUACAAGCUCUUCAUCUCAGGAGUGCAGCUGCGUGACCAGGGGCAGCUGUACUGUGAGGCAGCUGAGUGGAUUGAGGAUCCUGAUGAGACAUGGAAGGACAUCUCCCACAAGCAAACAGGGAGGACUUCACUAGUGGUCAUGAGUUGGGGCAGAGACCUCUCGGUGGACAUUGCUGCUGCCCAAAGCUCCCUCUCUGAAGGUGAUGCCUUGCAGCUCCAUUGCACAGUGGGAUCCCAGGAGAGCAGCAGCAGGCACUUCCAAGUGCUUUGGCUCCUUGAUGGCGUGGAAGUGGCCAGGGUGGACCCCAAGGGCGUAUUGGUCUGGGAGGAAGAAUAUGAGAAGAGAGCCAAGCUGGGGCAAGUACAAGCAGUCAAGCAAAGCAAUAUGGUUUAUGUCCUCACCAUCUCUGAGGUGGGGCUGAAGGACAAUGGUGUGUACCAGUGCUCUGUGUCUGAGAUGAGCGCUGCUGGAGACUUUCACAGCAUCCAAACGAAUCUGUCGUCAGGCAUCCAAGUCAACGUGAAGCCAAAAGAGAGCCGCCUGCGCCUCUCCGUGUCCACCGGCACUCCGCAGGUCGUGGCUGGAGAUGCUUUGACCCUCCUUUGUGAGGUGCAAGGAGCGACCAGCCCUGUGUCCGUGCAGUGGUGGCACCUGCCACCGGAGCACCCAGGAGCCCGGGUGCUGGUGGCCACCAUGGAGCGGGACGGCACCCUGAGCCUGGGCAGCACCUACCGGGACAGCAGGACGCGGGGAAGCCUCCGGCUGGAGAAAGCGAGCUCCGGCGCCUUCACCCUGGUGAUCCCCAGCACGCUGGGUGAGGGCGACGGCGGCCGGUACCGGUGCACAGCGACAGAAUGGUUCCGAGGCCAGAGCUGGACAGAGGAGGGGGAGACAUCAGUGAGAGUCAUCCCCAUGGGUCUUGGUCUGCAAGCCACGCUGAGAAGCAGGAUUGCCACCGUCACGUGCGGGAAGAGUUUUGAACUUGUCUGCCAAGUGAGCGCCAACUACAGCCUCAAAGAAGUGCCAGUGUCUGUGGGGUGGUUCUUCCAGCCCAGCCCUCCCACUGGCCUCUACCAUGAGCUGGGCCAGGUCUUUCCCAGUGGUGCUGUGGCCUGGGGGGCAGCACAGCCACACUUCCAGGGUAAAGCCCAGCUGGUGAAGACUGCUACCUCCUUUAGGCUACACAUCCACAAUGCCAUGGCCGCUGACGAGGGAACGUACCGGUGCGAGGUGGAGGUCUGGAGGAGGAGUACUGUGCCACUGGGGCAGCCUGCAGCCACCACCAGCUCCAAUGCCGUAGGGAUAAAGGUGGUGUUGCCAGAAAGCAAGCUUCGGGUGGCUGCGACGGAGAGCUCUGUGGAGACUGCUGCCGGUGCUGACACAGCCAUUGAGUGCAGAACCCUCUCUGCCCACAACAAUUCUCAGCUGGCUGUUACCUGGUACCUCCUACCUCCUCCAGGAGGGGCACCCCCCCUGCAAAUCCUGAGGGCUGACUACAGCAGCGUGCUGGAAUACGGGGCUGAGUUCAGAUCUCCUGCGCAGAAGUCUCGGUUCCUGAGCCAGAGAGUGUCCAGCUCUGCCUUCUGGCUGCAGAUACUCUCUGCAAGGCCCAGGGACCAGGGCAGGUACUACUGCGUGGUGGAGGAGUGGCUGUGGCUGGGUGAUGGCUGGUACCAGCUCGGAGAGGCAGCGUAGGGAAGGACCAUGCUGCAGCUGAAGCUCCCAGAGCGUCAGCUGCAGCUGGAGGAAGCAAACCACAGCAUCUCAGCAAGGGAAGGCGAGGACGUGACGCUGCAUUGCCUGCUGCGAGGCGCCCCCCUGCCCGCCGCCCACCUCUCUGCCGCCUGGUUUCGGGGCAAGGACAGGCUGCUCACCCUCCGGCGCGACGGCACCAUCGAGUACCCCUGCGAGAGCCUGGCAGGGAGGCUGCACCUCCGCCGCCCUGCCGCCGGUGACUUCAGCCUGACCCUGAGCAGGGUGGAGGGGCACGAUGCUGGGGUCUACCUCUGCCAGGUGGAGGAGUGGCAGGAGCUGGGCGAGGAGAAGGGCUGGGCUCUGCAAGCCUUGGCGCGCUCAGGCUACACCCAGCUCACUACCGUCCCGACAGAGUUAACUGCUUUGACUAGGAUCUGCUCAUCCCCACCGCUGCUGAACUUCAUCCUAGCCUUACCACUGGUUCUGAUCCUUCUCCUGGCCCUUGCUGUCUUCUGCUGGCACUUCAAAUUCAGAAGAAACAAGAAGGGCAGCAGCACAGGAGAUGAGCUGAUGGAACUGCAAGGGGCUGGAGGGGUCAAGAAAGCUUAG